GUCAUUUAGUGUGCGACGGAAGUAGUUCUGAGAAAAAAAACAGAAAGCAGAUUCUGGCUGAUUCAUUGUAGCCUGCUCGUUCUAUGUCAUUGCACGCAUAAAGCAUACUACUCUGAACACACGUAACAUUGGACAGAAGAUCUCGACAUGGAUCGGCUCCUGAGACUUGGAGGUGGAAUGCCGGGACUUGGCCAGGGACCCCCUACAGAUGCACCAGCUGUGGACACAGCAGAACAGGUGUACAUCUCCUCUCUGGCAUUGCUAAAGAUGUUGAAGCACGGACGUGCAGGUGUACCAAUGGAAGUCAUGGGAUUGAUGCUUGGAGAGUUUGUCGAUGACUACACAGUGCGAGUGAUCGAUGUGUUUGCCAUGCCUCAAUCAGGAACGGGCGUAAGCGUGGAGGCAGUGGAUCCUGUAUUCCAGGCCAAGAUGUUGGACAUGCUGAAGCAGACUGGCAGACCAGAGAUGGUUGUGGGUUGGUACCACAGUCACCCUGGGUUUGGCUGCUGGUUGUCAGGCGUGGACAUCAACACUCAGCAGAGCUUUGAGGCGCUGUCGGAGCGAGCUGUGGCCGUGGUGGUUGAUCCGAUUCAGAGCGUCAAAGGAAAGGUCGUUAUUGAUGCGUUCAGAUUGAUCAAUGCCAACAUGAUGGUAUUGGGUCAUGAACCACGGCAAACCACAUCCAACCUGGGUCAUCUGAACAAGCCAUCAAUCCAGGCACUGAUUCAUGGACUUAACAGACACUACUACUCUAUCACCAUCAAUUACAGAAAAAAUGAGCUGGAGCAAAAGAUGCUGUUGAACUUGCAUAAGAAGAGCUGGAUGGAGGGCCUGACUCUGCAGGACUACAGCGAGCACUGCAAGCUCAACGAGACAAUUGUUAAGGAGAUGCUGGAGCUGGCAAAGAACUACAACAAGGCUGUUGAAGAGGAGGACAAAAUGACCCCAGAGCAACUGGCGAUCAAGAACGUUGGAAAGCAGGACCCCAAGAGACACUUGGAGGAGCAUGUAGAUGUUUUAAUGACAUCCAACAUUGUCCAGUGCCUAGCUGCCAUGCUGGAUACUGUCGUCUUCCAGUGACAACUCUGUGUAUAAUUGUUAAUAUUACAACUCUUGUUUCUUUUAUAUAAAAUAAAUGUAUGUAUAAACCAUA